CCGGGGGGGUGGAAAUGCUCUUCCGUGACCCACAAUUAUUGGUGACUAUUGCCUGUCCAUAACAGGAAAAGCGGUUACGGAUUGGCUGAGGCGAAGUAGUAGGGCGGAAGAGUGGGUAUAGCUGCCUGCACGCACGCUUGGUGCGUGCGCGGCGACGGCGGCGGCAGGCAGUGGCAGUCAUGGCGGCUCAGUGUGUGAGGCUGGCGCGGCGCAGUCUUCCGGCUUUUGCGUUGUCUCUCAGGCCACCUCCCCGGUUGUUGUGCACAGCCACGAGACAAAAGAACAGUGGCCAGAACCUGGAAGAGGACAUGGCUCAGAGUGAACAGAAGGCAGAUCCUCCUGCUACAGAGAAGAGCCUCCUGGAAGAGAAGGUUAAGUUGGAGGAGCAGCUGAAGGAGACUGUGGAAAAAUAUAAACGAGCUUUGGCAGACACUGAGAACUUGCGGCAGAGGAGCCAGAAAUUGGUGGAGGAGGCAAAAUUAUAUGGCAUUCAAGCCUUCUGCAAGGACUUGUUGGAGGUGGCAGACGUUCUGGAGAAGGCAACACAGUGUGUUCCUAAAGAAGAAAUUAAAGACGAUAACCCUCACCUGAAGAACCUCUAUGAGGGGCUGGUCAUGACUGAAGUCCAGAUCCAGAAGGUGUUCACAAAGCACGGCUUGCUCAAGUUGAACCCUGUCGGAGCCAAGUUCGACCCUUAUGAACAUGAGGCCUUGUUCCACACGCCCGUUGAGGGGAAGGAGCCGGGCACAGUGGCCCUAGUUAGCAAAGUGGGGUACAAGCUGCAUGGGCGCACUCUGAGACCCGCCCUGGUGGGGGUGGUGAAGGAAGCUUAGCUGCUAUUGAUGGGGUGGGUGUUUUUAAACUCACUUGCUGUAACUCUUAAGGCUGGUUCAUUGUUUCUCAUCUUUGAGUACAUGUGACCUUUUCCCAAACCUUGUUGGAAACCUUAAGUAACCAGUGGCUAAACAGAAAAUGAAGCGGGUUGCAUAACUGCGUUAAUGAACUGUAAUUCGGGAGUCUGUUCCCUUUUAGUGCCACGCGUUGAAUAGUUCCACAUACUUAGAAGAGCUCAGCGGGGCUCUGCCAGGUCUCCUGAGCAUCAUGAGUAAUGUGUCUGCUCAGACUCUGCUGACACCAAAGUAUUUUAAACAAAUAAAAGGUCUUGGGGAAUUCUGUUUGGCUACCUGGACGCGCCAGUCUGCACCGUGUGUCCCUGCAGCUCACUGCGUGCGGCGCAUGAGUGACUGGCAUAUUUAGCCCAUCACAUUUCAUUCGCUGAAGGAAAGCCAAGAGUUGAAACAUUUUUCAUACAAAAAAUGAUCUUUGUGAAGAACAUAGUGAGUUCGUUUGUCAUCAGUCAACAGCGGCUGAAACUGACCACUGAGAAAUGGGCGUGGGCACUGACAAUUCUCAGCACCAUUAUUUGGCCAGGAAUUGAGCUUGGCUUGGCAAAGGUCCUUUUACCCUGUUCUGUUCAUCUAAAUGCAGACAUAUUUAAAUCAUAUUCAACUAGUUACUAACGACCUCAAGGUGUAUUCCCUGGCAAAAUGGACUUUCUCAAAAUAGGACUGCACGCUUGGUGUACUUUAAAUGUUAAUGUUUAAUUUAAAAAUUUUAUUUAAGAGGAUUAAAGCCCUAAUGUUUAUUUUCCUACUUUCUGAUAACAAUUUUGUGUCCACUCGUGGAGAUCCUUGCCACUGAGGCAAGCAUGGCUUAGCCUUCCCAUUCUCUGCUCCAGCCCUGAAGCUGUCAGCUUGACAUGUGCGUGCGUGUACACUCACGUACACACAUGCACACACUUCUGCACGGAAAGGGAGAGCCACACUCGCCCAGUGCAGCUGCAGCCUGGCAUGGUAAGAAUAUGAAACACCUAGGAGCCACAGCAAGGGCACAGGAUUUGCAAAAUCGUCUUGCGAAAGGACUGUGUUCCUCAUUUGCAUGGUCAUCUAGGGCUUAGAAAAAGGCUGAAUGAUUGGAGUCUCUUAUGAAAAAGAAAAGAACCUUUCGCUGCCUUUGCUUCUAGAAUUGAAGAUACUGGUGAAAGCCAUUUGCUGCCUAGAAAAGAUGGGGCACAGUUUAUUUCACUUCUGAUUUUAAAAGAUGCAGGUAAUGGUCCCAUCAUACUUCAGCCUGGGAUACCAUUCCCAACAUGUUCCACCUUUAAGAUGCCUUCAAUUAAUGUGGUCAGAAACAACUAAAGGCAGCAUGUAUAUCGGAGAAAACAUGACUGGGAGCUCCAGCGCUGCCUGUGUGCACGCUGUGGGGUUGUGAGUGCAUCAUCAGCCCUGGAGCUCCAGAGUAAAAUGGAGGCUAAGAAAAGUAAUUUAUCAACUCAUUUCUGUGAAUAUUUGCAGUCUCCUCCCUUCUCAGCUAGAGCUGCAGUUGCUAAAAAGCACUUAACUCAUAACCUAGAGGCAAUAUAGCUUCAUAUGGUAAAAUAUUUUUUAUAGUAACCUUCAGGCAUCCACAGUCAAACGGUAAGUUGGGUAUCAUCUGAAAUGCUUAGAACCAGAAUUGUUUCAAACUUGGGGGGUUUUGGAUUUUGGAAUAUAGUCAAGCAUGGCUUAACCACAGGGAUGUGUUCUGAGAAAUAAGUCAUCAGGCAGUUUCUUCCUGUGAACACCAUGUGUACCCACAGGUACCUAAAAACACAGGUGUAGCCUACUCCACACCUAGGCUAUAUGGUGUAGCCUAUUGCUCCUAAAUUGGAAAGCAGUUACUGUACUGAUACUGUAAGCAUCUGUUAACACAAUGGAAUCUGUGUAUCUGAACAUAACAUACUAAAGGUACAGUGAGAACAGUGUU